AUGACAAUUCUCCUGACCUUGUUCAUAAUUUAUGUUUGUUUAAUUGGUCAUUUAACAAAAGUAUAUAUAAAAGAAAAUAUAUCAAACCAAAAAAAGAAUCCACUUAACUUUAUUAGGAGAAAGCAUAAUAACACCAAGAAAAACAGAAAACUUUCAUUUAAUAUAAAUAAAAAUAUUAAUCAUUGUAAAAGAAUUGUUAAGGUGGAACCUUUUUUUAUUCAUAAAAAUGUAAGAAGGUAUGUGUAUAGAAGAAGCUGUUUUAUUUUUAACAUUUGGAAUAGUAGUAAAGUAAUAAAAGAUAUUUAUAAAUAUAUUGAUUCAUGUACAUCCUUUUUGAGGAAAUUUAAAUCUCUUCCAUCCAUAAUAAAUGUAGAAAAUAAAAAAUAUGGGAAAUUAGAAAAAAGGAAGAAAGAAAAAAAUGAUUUAUGUCCUAACAUAUUCAUAACAUACUCAUCAAAUAAUGUCCCUAGAAAUAUUUCAAAUAAAUUAGAACAUUUUAUAUAUAAGCAGAAGGAUAUUCCUAAGGAACAAAAUAUAUUAACAUACGAUUUUUUUAAACGGGAUGAAGAACUUUUAAAUGAUCAAAAUAGAAAUGAUUUUAUAAAAAAGUAUUAUAAUCCAAGUUAUCAUUGUGAUGAACAUCCGUUUGAACACAUAUAUAAUAUAAAGGACAUGGAACAUAUUUAUGACAAAUCUAUAAUAAAUUAUAUAUAUGAUUUAAAAAGAAAAGAAGAAAUAGAAUACAUACGAAAAUUUAAUAGAUCACAUUAUUUAAAUUCCUAUCUCCUAAUAUAUCCUCCUCCUAAUUUGUCAGGAAAUUUACAUGCAGGUCAUUUUUUUAAUUUUAUCCAUCAACAUAUUUUUUUUCUCUAUAAUAAAUAUAUAAUGGGAAAAUAUGCCAUUCCAUUUUUUGGAUUUGACCAUGGAGGUCUGAGCGCACAUGAGAUGUUCGCUAAACACAUGAGAGGAGAAGAAUUGGGAAGAGAAAAAUAUAUAAAUGAAAUAAAAAAGUGGCAAGAAAAUUUAAAAGAAAAUAUGCUAAAAGAUUUACAGAAUAUGAAUAUCACAUAUAAUGAAAAAAUGUUGUUUAACACUAUGGAUAAAGGUAUGAUUGAUUUAAUAAAUAAAGCUUUUUAUAUUCUUUAUAAAAAUAAUAUGAUUAUAAAUAGACUAUAUCCUGUAUAUUAUUGUAAAGAAUUAAAAACAGCUAUCCCUAAAAUGGAUAUACAAUUUAAAAAUGCAGAGAACAAAGAUAUUUAUAAUUUGAAAUGUUAUUUAGUAAAAAAUAAAAAUAAAAUAGACAAUAUAUAUGAUGAUAAAAAAUGUAUUGCUACAAAAAACGAAAAUGAUCAUAAUAUGAAUAAUAAUGAUAUUACGUAUUGUAGUAACAACCCCCCAAAAAAUGUAACAAAUAAAAAUGAUGAUACAUAUGAAAAAAUAAAUUUUUUUGAAAAAAAUAACAUGUCCUCGAAUUGUAUAUGUGGUGAUUUUACAAUUACAAAUAAUGAUGAUAAAUAUGAAGAAAAAAAAAAAAAAAUUAAAAAUAUGAUUGAAGAAUAUGAUUGUAAAGAAAUAAAAUUUUUUGAAAAAAAAAAAUUCCCAUAUUAUUAUUUGAAUGAAGAAGAAUUAAAAAAUAAGGCUCUAAUUAAUGUAUCGAAAUAUAUAUAUAUAAAUAUAGAGAAUAUAGAAGAUAUAAAUAAUAUUGUAGCUAUUUUAUAUUAUUCUUCAAACAAAAAAAAGUAUGAAAAUAUGUAUGCUUUGUUACCACAUUCUAAUGUAAUAAUACCUUUAAUUUUUCAUAAGAAAAAAAAUUUUCCAUCAUUGAUAAGUGGUAAUAAAAAGGGUGAAGAAAGGGAAGAAAUUAAAGAUAGUAAAGAAAUUAAAGAAAGGGAAGAAAUUAAAGAAAGGGAAGAAAUUAAAGAUAGUAAAGAAAGUAAAGAAAGAGAUGAUAAUAAUAAUAAUAUUGACGAUGAUGAUGAUGAUAUAUUCCUUCCUGUCUAUUCUUUGGAAAAAAAACAUGACUAUUCUUUUAAUAUAAAUAAAGAAAAAGGGACAAGUCAAUUAUUUUUUAACGUCUCUCAUGGAAAAAAAGAGCAUAUGACAUAUAAUAUAAAUAAUGAUGAAAAGGAAAAAGAAAAUAAUUUGAUAAAUAUAAUAAAUUGUAGAAAAAAAGAUAAAGAAUUAAAAUUUGCAUAUUAUAAAAAUUAUAAAUGUACCUUAAUUUUAUCAGAACAUUUAUGUAUUAAAUAUGACGAAUUAUGUAAUAUGUAUUAUAAUAAUAGUGGUAAUAAAAAUUUUAACAUAUUACCUUGUAAUAGGAAAAAUUAUUUUUUAGAAAAUUAUGAAACACAUCCAAAGGAUUGGAUAUUAAAUCGUCAAAUAUGGUAUGGUCAUACUAUACCUUUAUUUAAAUAUGAACAUUUUGUAACAAAAGAAGAAAGUAAAGAAGGAUAUGAAGAUAUCGAAAAAAAAAAUAAAAUAAUAAAUAAAAAUAAUAAUAAUGACAAAAACAACAACAAUAAUAAUGACAAAAACAACAAUAAUAAUGACAAAAACAACAAUAAUAAUGACAAUAAUAAGAACAUUAUAAUAGCAGACCAUUUUAACUGCUUUGUUUAUGGAAAAAAUGUUGAUGAAGCAUAUGAAAAUUUAAUAAAAUCAAAUUUAUUUAAGAAAGAAUGUAUUAAAAAAGAAUAUUUAAAAAAUGAUGACAUUUUAGAUAGUUGGUUUUCUUCAUGUUUAUAUUUCUUACAUUGCUUAAAUUCAAAUAAUAUAGAUAUAUAUGAUUUAUUAAAAAAAAAAAAAAGCUUGGUAGAUUUUACCUGCACAGGUCAGGAUAUUUUAUAUCCUUGGAUAUUGAGGAGUUUUAUUUUAUUAAAUUACUUUAUAGAAAAUGAUUAUUUGAAUGAAUUAUUACCAUCAAAGGAUAAUUAUGACAUUGUUCAUAUUUUACAAGGAUUAAAAAAAGAAAAGGAUAAUAAAUAUUUGUCAACUAGUAUUUUAUCGAAGACGGUAAAAUUUCAUGGUAUCUUAAAAGAUGACGUUGGAAAAAAGAUAAGCAAGAGUGAUGAAAAUAGUACAUAUUAUAAGAAAUAUUUAGAAGAUAUAAAUAUGGAUACAUUGCGUUUAUCGUUUACUUUUCUACAAAAGAAUGUAGAGGAUAUAGUAUGGUCAAAGAAUAACAUUUACAAGAGUGAGAAGUUUAUAAAAAAGUUUUGGAACGUGGGACAAUUUAUAAAACAGAAUUGUAAUUAUGAGUCGUACAUAAGGAUGAGUAAAGUAAUUCUUGCUAACACUAAUAAUAUAAAUAUUGAAAAUAUUGAUGAUGAUAGUAUUGAUGGUGAUUGUAUUGAUGAUAAUAUUAAGGUUCUUGAGUUUUUAAAAACAAAGACACAACAUAUUUCUUGUAUAAGCAUUUUUGAAGCAUAUUAUUAUACAAUACAUUUAAUUUUACAAUAUAUGAAAUUAUAUAACCUGAACAAAAGUAUUAUUUUAAUUAAUGAUUUUAUUAUGAAUUAUUUCUCCAAGUUUUUUUUAAACUAUUAUUCUUCUGGAAAAAGUCAAAUAUCUAAUUUUUUAAUUUAUUAUAUUUUUAAAGGAUUGAUAAAAUUUUUAUAUCCAUUCAUUCCACAUAUAUGUGAAAUAUUAUAUAUACAAAUAUUUUUUAAAGAAAAGGAAAAAAAACAAAUACUAAACGCCUCUUCUCCUCCUAUGCUUUUAUAUGAAAAUUAUAAAUUUUUUCCUAACCAAAAAUUUUCAUUAGAACCAAAAAUUCAAAGCGUUGUAUCAGAUCAUUUUUUGACCUUUAUGGAAAUAUAUAAUUUUUUAAGGAAAUUUAAAAAAGAGAAUAAAGAAACAAUUUGUAAUAACAAUACAUUGUAUCUUUAUAUUAAACAGAAAAAAGGAGCUGAACUUACAUUACUAUAUUUUAAAAAUGAAGAGCACAUGUUGAAAAGAGCCUUCCAUAUGAAUAUUAUUUUUAACGCAUGUGAAAAGAAUAAGUUAGGAUAUUCUUUUUUAAACGAAAAGGAACAUAUCCAAAGGUUAAACACAAGAAAAGUGAUUUAUGAUUGUGAUAGGUUUGUGGUACUAGCUCAAGUGUAG